AUGUUCAAGUCCGUCAUCCUAGUCCUCAUCGUCAUCCGUGCAGCAUGGCUGCGGGUCCUCGGAGCCCUCUCCCCCGCCAACGAGGGGUUCCAGCUCGCGUCCUCUCGGCGCGACAGCCCCGUCACCCCUGAGGGCAAGGUAAAGGCCGCGAGUCUCCGUCGUGACCCUUCCUCCGCCCCUGGGGGUGGCGUGGGGUGGGGGGGCUCCUGCCUAGCGCCACUCAAGUCCCGCCCGGCCGACCCCAGUCUCUCCCGACCCGGGGUUCUGGAACGACAGGCUUUCGCCAACCGCCUGCGGCGCUCUGGCCCUAGACUCUCCCGGCCCAUUCCUCCGCUCCUCCUCGCCAGCGAAGCAUCCCGUCAUCUUCCCAACGCAGGGAGCAGCCCCAUCCCAGGGCUUUGGCUCUCACCAAUGAUACUCACUCGCCUCAUCCGGAUCCACUUCCGUGAGGACCUGGUGGAGCUGUACCUAACCAAUUGUGAGAAGCUGUCUGCUAAAAGCCUGCAGACGCUGUGGAGCUUCAGCCACAGCCUGGUGUCCUUGAGCCUCUUUGGUUGCGCCAACAUUUUCUAUGAGAAGGAGAACCCCAGGGGCUGUGAAGAUGAGUGCCUCAUCAACCCCACUUGCCAGGUGCUGGUCAAGGACUUCACCUUUGAGGGCUAGCGGCUGCGCUUCCUCAGCCUGGGCCGCAUGAUCGAUGGUGUCCCUGUGGAGUCACUGCUGCGGCUGCUCAGCUCACUGGCUGGCUUGGACCUUUCCAGCAUCCAGACCAGUGAUGCCACCUUCCUAACCCAGUGGAAGGACAGCCUGGUGUCUCUUGUGCUCUACAACAUGGACCUUUCAGGUGACUACAUCCGCGUCAUUGUCCAGCUGCACAAGCUGUGCCACCUAGACAUCUUCAAAGACCAUCUCUCCAGCUACUACAAGUUCAAGCUGACUCAGAAGGUGCUGAGCCUCUUGGUGCAGAAGCCGGGGAACCUGAUGUCCCUGGUUAUCUCUGGCCACAUGAUCCUGGAGAACUGCAGUAUCUCUAAGAUGGAUGAGGAGGCGGGACAGACCAGCAUUGAGCCUUCCAAGAGUAGCAUCAUGCCUUUCCCAGCUCUGAAAAGGACACUGCAGUUUCUCGGGCUCUUUGAAACCUCCCUGUGUUGCCUCACACACAUUCCAGCCUACAAAGUAAGUGGUGACAAAAAUGAGGAGCAGGUGCUGAAUGCCAUUGAGGCCUACACAAAACACUGGCCUGAGAUCACUUCCCAGGCCAUCAACUUGCUCUUUGACAUCGCACGCAUUGAACGUUGCAACCAGCUUCUGAGGGCCCUGAAGCUGGUCAUCACAGCCCUCAAGUGCCACAAGUAUGACAGGAACAUUCAAGUGACAGGCAGCGCUGCCCUCUUCUACCUGACCAAUUCCGAGUACCGUUCAGAACAGAGUGUCAAGCUGCGUCAGCAGGUCAUCCAGGUGGUGCUGAAUGGCAUGGAGUCCCACCAGGAGGUGACGGUGCAACGGAACUGCUGCCUGACUCUCUGCAACUUCAGCAUCCCUGAGGAGCUGGAGUUCCAGUACCUCCGGGUCAACGAGCUCCUGCUCAGCAUCCUCAGCCCCAUGCGGCAGGACGAGUCCAUCCAGCGCAUCGCCGUGCACCUGUGCAAUGCCCUGGUCUGUCAGGUGGACAACGACCACAAGGAGGCUGUGGGCAAGAUGGGCUUUGUUGUGACCGUGCUGAAGCUGAUUCAGAAGAAGCUGUUGGACAAGACAUGUGACCAGGUCAUGGAGUUCUCCUGGAGUGCCCUGUGGAACAUCACGGAUGAGACACCUGACAACUGUGAGAUGUUCCUCAACUUCAGUGGCAUGAAGCUCUUCCUGGACUGUCUGAAGGAGUUCCCAGAGAAGUAGGAAUUGCAUCGGAACAUGCUGGGGCUCCUGGGGAACGUGGCAGAGGUGAAGGAGCUACAGCCUCAACUGAUGACUUCCCAGUUCAUUAGUGUCUUCAGCAACCUGCUGGAGAGCAAGGCUGAUGGCAUCGAGGUUUCCUAUAAGGCCUGUGGCGCCCUGUGCCACAUCAUGUUCGAUGGGCCUGAGGCCUGGGGUGUCUGUGAACCCCAGCGGGUGGAAGUGGAGGAGCGUAUGUAGGCGGCCAUCCAGAGCUGGGACAUCAACUCCCAGAGAAAUAUCAAUUACAGGUCUUUUGAACCAAUCCUCCGCCUCCUUCCCCAGGGCAUCUCUCCCAUCAGCCAACACUGGGCAACCUGGGCCCUGUACAACCUUGUGUCUGUCUACCCUGAUAAGUACUGCCCCUUGCUGAUCAAAGAAUGUGGGAUGCGCCUUCUGAGAGACAUGAUCAAGAUGGCCACUGCCCAGCAGGAGACCAAGGAAAUGGUCCGCAGGGUGAUUGAACACUGCAGUAACUUUAGAGAGGAGAUCAUGGACAUAUCCAGAUAG